CCCCUAAAAUUCCCCUGCGUGUGCUUAUAAAUGAAGCCCAGGGAACCGUUUCCACUAAACCUUGCGAUGAAUGGAAACCUCAAACUAGUCAUCGUCGGGGUGGGUCUCGUCUCCACAGCGGCGGUGGCAGUUUCGCCCCGUCACAAGCCGGCCCUUAAAUCACUCCAGCGGGCUCAGAAGGAAUGCAAACAGUAUCUGCAUCUGCCCACGGAUGACGACACGGAGGGAGACUGUGAGCAACGUUGUGUACAACUGGUUCUACGUUCGUGGAAUGACAGUUCCGGGCUGAGUCAUCUUCCGUACAGUCGCCACUUUAAGCCGGAUUGUGACGACAAAUGCUACCCCAAUCGGACGGCCUACUGUUUGCGAACCGAGCUGGAACACGUUCCAUCCUGUGACGCCUGUCGGCGAGCCACCGUUUCCUGGGAGUGCUACCGGGACCAGUAUGGCUCCCUAAUCGGUUCGCCAAAACUCGUUCCCGCGACAGAGCUGCUGGUCCGCAACAGCAUCAUCCAGUGUGCCAAAAUCCUCAACAUCGCGGAGUUGGACUUCGAGAGCUUCAUCAAGAGUGGCUUCCUGCUGUCGGACCGAUCCCGCUGUCUGUUCCGGUGCUCUGUGGUGCGGUUGGGUCUGUUCAACGAUAUCAGCGGACCCGAUCUGGACCGGCUGUACGUGCAGAGCGGAGGUGGAUGUGGAGGCACCGAGGAGGAAAAGUUCAAGAAGGAUGCCAGCCAAUGUGUGGCAAAACUGCGCGACAAGUGUCUCGAUAAUUGUACGCUUGCCACCCGUGCCGCAAACGAUUGCUUCGAACGGGGUUCGGGUGCGUUGAAUAUCAUUCUCAGAUCCCUGUUGCGGAUUGUCAUUCCACUUAUCAUGAGUUGAUCAUAGUUGCUGUUGAUUGUUAA